AUGGUCAACAAAAAGCAAGAGCUCAGUAACAGACAGUGUUACCGAAAACUAGUGGACGCUUUCCAUCAAAAUUGUCUUAAUUUAAACAAAAAUCCAUUUGUUUUACGCAAACUUCAUAUCUUAGUGAAUGUGUGCGAAGAAGUGAGUCGUGGAGCAGAUGUGGACAUCAAAGUAAAGGAUGCUUUCGACCAUCUGUUGACUUAUUGUCACAAUAAUCUUCAAACAGGUUAUCCCCAACCCAUU